AUGAGCAAUAGUGUUUGGAGUGUGAAUUACUUACCUUUUUCUAAAGGAGAACUUCAUAUGAAUUUUUGUAAAUUUGAAAACUUUCAUCUUUGGUUUAGUUUCUUAUUUAACCAAUAUAAAUCACUAUUUGUAUUAUCCAAGUUUGCAGUUAAUCAUAAAAGGAAAACAUCUUAAACAUAAGGCUAAAUAAAAGGAUUUCAUUUAGAUUUUUAAUCAUUAAGAAAAUAAUACCAUCUCUUCCUUCACCUAUCCAAUCUCUUGAUCAAGAAUCAAAUGUUUCAGAUUAAGUAAGAAUUGAAUGUAAUACCUUUUAAAGUACUGUUUUUAAAUGAGUUAAUUGAGAGGCCAGAAGGAAUCAAUUAAUUACUUUGCAACUCUAUUGUGAGAAAAUAGACUUAUGUAAUCUACUACAAUUUGAAUCACACAAUGCUUUUUCAGAAUCUUAGGUGUUUUAAUUUAUAGAAUUAAUGAUGAUUGGGGAGGUAAACAUAUUAAACUAUAAAAGCCUUGCCUGUAUUUAUCAUUCUUUAAAUAAAUAUAUGUGUAAACUUCAUUAGUAACUUCAUCAUGUGAUAUAUUUAUGGUUUGAAUAAAAUCGUAAGGAUGAUUUGUAAAAAUUUAAAUAUCUUGUUGGGCAGCUAUUAGUUAUUGGUAUUUGCUGGAUAUUUUUAAAAUAAAUAACAUUUUUUCGUUUUCACCUUCUCCUGCCGAUUUUGUGUACUGAAUGUGCUGAAGCAAAUCUAAAAAGGACGAGUAAAAAUUUAUUUUUGAAUUAGUUUAAAUUGUAAAAUGA